GAUUUUCUGGAGGGUGUUUUUUCUUACACGCGUGUUCGUGGUCGGGAUCCAUCCCCUUUCUCGGUGUGUGGGCUGAAGACUCGUGGGGAGCAAACCAAAGAAUUGGUCCUAUUUAUUCACUCAUUCAACAUCAGCCCAGAGAUCAGACAGCCACAGCUGGAAGGAAAGAUGGGGAAAGAUUUGAGCCUUUGCUUGCAGUUGCUUUCCCUGCUGAUGUGUCAGGUUCACGGGAGCCACACAAGAUUACCAAGUCAUCCAGGUUUCAAGGUGUUGGCAUCAGCAUCACAUUACUGGCCCCUGGACAGCGUGGAGGGAAUCGAUGAGCUCAGAGACCCCAUCGGAGACCGAGCAGGUCAUGUCAAUGGCAGUAACAUAACCUUCCGAAUCCACAACUUCACUGUGCUUCCCUCCUGUCAGUCUUCCUCUGUCUGUGCAAAUGAUUCUGCCUACUCUAAUCUCUCUGCAACUGUAGAUAUCGUCGAGGGGGUAGUGAAUACGGACAUUUAUCUCAGCAGUGACUCUGGCACUACCUUGCUCCUCUUCGGUAGUUACACCAAUUCCUCCUGCGGCAGCGAUCUCACCCUGUGCAAUACCGCAGGCAUCACCAUUUCGUUUUUCUGGAAGAAUGUAAGCAAUCAUUCCCGGUUUGUCAUGGCUUCGGGAGGCAAGAUACGGUACAGUGGAUUCUCCAUCCAUGCAAAUGUUUACGGGGGAUAUAUAAAGUUUUACACUCAUACGGCCAUCGAAAGUUGGAGAGCCACGAUCAAUUCGCCAGGUCCUGACUGGACACACAUCCUCUUCACGUGGAGCCCCGCAGAUGGCCUGAAGGUUUACGUCAAUGGGACCUUCAGGACCAGCGGAGUUUAUGGGAACGCAACUCCGAAUUAUGGAGAGAACCUGGUGACCAGCAGCGAGAGUGGUCAGUCCUACGGUCAGCAAGUGAGCGGCUCUUUCGAUGAGUUCGUGAUUUGGGAGCGAGUGUUGUCGGCGCAGGACAUCGCACUCUAUUACCAGGCGACCACAGGGCAGCCUGUUGGCAUGAUUGAGGACCGUUCCUCCUGGGGUCAGAAUUCCACCAGCCGUCCGAUCGUUUCCACUGCUGCCUCUCCUGCACCUGGGACCCACAGACAGGAAGAGUCCCGGAAACUUCAACAUCAAGGCCCCUCAUUCAGCUUCCUCGAGUCCUUCUCAGUGAAUCUGCCCCAAAAGACCCUGGAGCUUCCAAUAGCUUCCAAUCUGACUGAGAACUUUCUGAAGAUGGUGCACGAGUUCCUUGCUGUGCCAAAUUGGGAUGAAUCUUACGGGGCUGCAGCCAUAGUGGGCGAUUUGCUUCGGACGGUGGACAAAGUCAUGCUUCACGUGGCGAAAAACCUGGAGGGGAAUCUGAACGGGCCGGUCAGCAUUGAGGGCAGCUCCCCCGCGGCUGAUUACUCACUGGUCAAAGUGCCCAGCGGUGUCAGUCUGAACAAAUAUCGUUUCCCUACUCACGGGAAGAAUUAUAUUUCCAUCCCCGGUGAAGCUUUUCAUACUAAAUCACAAAUCAUCAUCGUGGGGUUGCUGUAUCACACCAUGCACCAGUACUACCAGAGAAUCAGCCCGUUCCACACCAAGAUCAAAGAGGCGACUCCGCACAAAGACCUUCAGAUGACAGUGACGAGUUACAUCAUCUCUCUGAAGAUGGAACCAGGCCCGUCUCUCUCCCAGAACCUGUCCGGCUCGCCACUAAUCACCAUCGUUCUCAAGCACGUGAUGACGCAAGAACAGUAUAGCUAUGCCGUGAACAUCAGCAACCAGGCCCAUCUCUGGUGUGCGUUCCUGGAUUUCAGCUCGGGGGCAGCGGUUUGGUCCAACGAAGGCUGUGCUCGUAUCGGAGGGAACAUCUCGUACUCUGUCUGCCUCUGCAAUCAUCUGACCAACUUUGCCAUCCUGAUGCAGGUGGUCCCACUGCAGAUGGGCCGCGGCCACCAGGUGGCACUCUCCGCCAUCACCUACGUGGGCUGCUCCAUCUCCAUCGUCUGCUUGUGCGUCACACUCAUCACCUUUGCCAUCCUAUCGUCCGUGAGCACAAUACGGAACCAACGCUACCACAUCCACGGCAACCUGGCCUUCGCCAUCCUCGUGGCCCAGCUUCUGCUGCUCGUCAGCUUCCGAUUCUACCCGGGCACGCUGCCUUGCACGACCCUGGCAAUCCUGCUCCAUUUCUUCUUCCUGAGUGCCUUCUCUUGGAUGCUGGUGGAAGGGUUGCACCUCUACAGCAUGGUGGUCAAAGUGUUCGGAUCAGAGGAAAGCAAACACCUGUGUUACUAUGGGAUAGGUUGGGGUUCCCCAUUGGUGAUCUGCGUUGUGUCUGUUACAUCAGCCUUUGCCAGUUAUGGUAAAGAGGACAACUGCUGGCUAUCGCUGGAGAGAGGAGCCAUCUGGGCAUUUGUGGCCCCUGCACUGUUUGUCAUUCUGGUGAACAUCGGCAUCCUGAUCGCAGUGACGCGAAUCAUAUCCAGAAUCAGUUCUGAUAACUACAAGAUGCACGGAGAUGCCAAUGCAUUCAAGCUGACAGCGAAAGCUGUUGCUGUCCUACUUCCAAUCUUGGGAAUAUCCUGGGCGUUUGGAGUGCUGGCGAUUAAUAAACACACUCUAAUAUUCCAGUAUAUGUUUGCAUUAUUCAACUCCCUACAGGGAUUUUUUAUUUUUCUUUUCCACUGCCUUCUGAAUUCAGAGGUCCGAGCUGCUUUUAAGCACAAAACGAAGGUCUGGACUCUCAACAGCAGUUCAAUCCGAAAUGCGAAUGUCAAACCUUUCAACUCGGAUAUCGUAAAUGGCGAUCGAGCUGGGUCAACACCUACCAAACUAAACAGCUGGGAGAAGAGCACCAACUCAGCCAAUCCAAUGGGCCUGUCAGCUGUGUGACACCCAUCACAUCGCAUCAUGCAGGCAGGAGCUGGCUCUCAACGCCAUACUGCCAAACCAAUUCAUCAACACUGGGCAAGAGGCAGGAUUAGCUGCCACCAAAUGACUGGGACAGUUCCAGAUCAGUCGGCAGUACAACUCCUUUUCUGAUAAGAUUAUUUGAGGUAUUUAUUAUUGGCUUUACCACCUUACUGUGACGAUAGUGGAACAAGUGCCCCAAAUGAACUCCACCCAACCUGGGUCUGACUGUGAGACUGUCUGUCGGUGACUGUCUGUCUGUGACUGUCUGUCU